GUGGUGGGGUUCAGUCAUCUCGCGCCAGCCGAACCACGCGCACUCUAAUCCCACCUUUGAGCGGCGAAAUUUUAAUCCGCUCCCAAAACGCGAGCGGUUUAAAAAACCUCGACGGACAUUUAAACGUUUUCUGGUUACAGUUAUUUUAUGUUCGAUUCGGCUGUUUUACCGGAAACUGGUUUUACCCCGAGACACAUGAGUCGAAACGUAUAAUAAAUAUAUCAAGAACCAUCCGGUUCUUAUCUCAUCCGUUUCAAUUGUCAUUCGAUAAUUCAUACAUGGUUUAACUGGUGCAACCGUUGUCAAGAUCACAUGUUAGUUUGAUUUCAUUUUUUUUGCAUAUUGUGUGUUGUUUUAAACUACAGGAUUGACCGAAGGAUCGACAGAAUAAAAAAGAAAAAACCAAGAUAAGCUCCGAUCAAUAACAGCUGAUAAGAGAUCGAAAAUUACAAGAAAAUCGAAGGAUUUCAUCGAUCGCUCAGAAACAUUUUUCUCAUGUUUUUUCUAAUUUUUUUCCAUCGAAAGUUAUCAGUUUCAAACUGACAGCACGUCGUGUACAGUGAACGAAAUAGGGGUGGUUUUGUCGCGGUAGCGAAUCGGCUAUCGAAAACAAGGAUAAGAAAAUCAAAUCACAAGAGAUAAAAAACAGUCAACUAUUGACAGCCAUGGAACUGCCCACGUUGCCUCUGAUAAUGAGGAUAAAAGUCGUCGUGAAAUAAAAAUGGAGCGCAGCUUUAAAGAGCCCGAGCUUCUCACGAUCCGCUGCUGAGGAAGGCUGCCGCUCCGCAAGGGAUGGCUCACGAGGUUACGCGCUAAAAUUUCUAUCGAAUAAAUUGUGUUUCAAGUGUGUGUGAAGGAUUAAUUCGAAUCCGUAUUUGACAGUGCAUAAGUUGAUCCAUGUCAAGUCGUAAUUGACAGUUUAUUUGCAACCAUAAUCCGAUCGAAUUAAUCAAUGAUACGAGUUACGUCGAAAUUAUCGUGCGAAAGUUUGAGAAGAUCGUCGUGACCCACCCAUUGACAAUUAUCAUUCGCUGUCGUAAUUUAAAAUUAUAAGGAAAAAAAAAAAGGAAGAAGGGGGAUAGCGUUAUACCAAAAUUAUGAAGUGUCUAUGAGUUUGAUUGCAUUGUUGUUUGUAUAUUUAAAUGACUACGACGACGAGGACAAGGACGAACAUUAUGAUUGUGUGGACCUCCUGGAGGAACGAAAGAUAUUCAUAGAUCGAGGAUGCACUGAGGAGAGGAGAGGAGGAGAGUCGGGGACAAGAGUAAGGACUUUGAGAUGUCAGCCGUAACGAGUCCGUAUGGCCCCACGGAGAUGCUGUCCGACUCCGUUUACAAUUACGCAACGGCUCGCACCGCCGAUCAGGAUUCGGAUUCGCAGUUUGAACCGCAAACUCCGAUACAGAUAUCGUCCGGCCAGAAACCGAGGAAUAAGAGAAAAAAUUUCAAACCGAUAAGCAGUCGGAUGGCCGAGGUAUCGGACGAAUCCGAUCGCGACGAGGACGGCAGCAGGUAUAUGGACGACGAGGAUAAUCAGAUAGACCAGAACUCGAACGAUAACGCCGUCGAGAUACUCGAAUACGAGAGAAAGAAAAUGCUACCGGUGGACGACCAGAGGGUCAAACUACCCGAGGAGGAAAGGACCAAGCAGGGACUCAACAACAACGAAGCCAGUCCAAUGGACCUCUCGAUUACCACCAGACCCGCCUCCUCUGACGCUGAUGAUGACAGCGGUGACUCCAUGAGGCACAAGUUCAUCCUCGAACAACUCAGGUCCCAGAAACUCUACUCCCCCAGUCGAGAGGUAAGAAGUCCGACCUCGGAUUUCUCGGAGAAAAGCGGCGGGAGCGGCGGAAGCGGGGGAGGUUUAGACCCCGAGCUUGUCACGGGGGUGCGACUCGACAUAAACGGUGGCGCGGGUCAAUUCGACGUGGAACGACUGCCCGGGACAGAGGAGAGGAUACCGGCGCAGGGUAUGAGGGAAUACGCGGAGUCCACCAUGCAGGAACUCCUCGCGAUAUACGGCCUUGGCGGUGAACUCGCCAAGUCGGUAGCGAGACAACUACCGCCCACUUUCCUCAACCCUACGGUCAAUCAACAACCCCUGCACGGAAAGAUGAACGACUCCUCGUCUAUGGCACCGGGAAGUCCUCCGACGCCACCUCACACCCCGCAGAGUCCACCGCGUCAAAAUGUCGCUUUGAGCUUGUCGCAAUCCAGUCAAACGCCAAAUUCCACGGCGCAGAAUUUCCCGUCGCAAUUGCAGAACGCUGUGCAAAAUUCACCGCUAAGUCAAAUACUCGUACAGAAUCCAGCCCUGGCUCAACUGCUGCAACAAAAUCCGGCGAUAUUAUCGCAGCAUCCCCAAUUGGCCCAGCUAUUGCAACAGAAUUUGGCGCAAAUGGGAAGUGUCUUGUUUCAAAACGUGAGGAGGGAGGAAGUCGAGGAGAGGGUUCCCCCUACAAUAGCGAGCCUGGCGGCAAUGACAGUCGAGGCAGCUGACCCCAAGGUUUCCGCUCUGUUGAGGCAAAGCAUGUCUCCGGUUGCGGAUCCCUUGAUUGGCAGUACGAAAUCUCCAGUUCCUCAACCGAUAAUCGAUUACUCGAGAUAUGUCCGACGUUACUCAUCGGGUCAGGAAUGCGGGAGUUCUUAUUGCAAGGAGUUGGGUUGCAGAGAACAUUUUCACUGUCUAGACUGCAGCGGUAGAGUGUUCGUGAAGAAGGAGGAAAUGAUCAGGCACUUCAAAUGGCAUAAAAAGAGAGAUGAGUCUUUGCAGCACGGAUUUAUGAGGUACUCCCCUACGGAUGACUGCGCGGAGAGGCACCCCGGGAGGGCAUGUCCCCAUAAUAGAAAACAAACGCAUUAUCAUUGCAUCCAUGAGAACUGCGAUAAGGUUUACAUAUCGACGUCGGACGUUCAAAUGCACGCGAAUUAUCAUCGUAAAGACUCCGCCAUUAUACAGGAGGGAUUCCAACGAUUCAGAGCUACCGAAAGUUGCGGGACCGAGUAUUGUCCUUUCGCCGGUCAGCGCACCACACAUUUUCACUGUCGGCGAGCCGGGUGCAGAUUCACGUUCAAGAACAAAGCCGACAUGGAAAAGCACAAAUCUUAUCACAUCAAAGACGAGCAGCUAUCCCGCGACGGUUUUAAGAAGUUCAUGAAGUCCGAAGCUUGUCCGUUCGAUCAGUGUCGUUUUUCACGCGUUUGCAAUCACAUUCAUUGUAUCAGACCCCACUGCAGCUACGUCCUCCAUUCGUCCGGUCAGCUAUUCUCUCACAAACGUAAACACGAGAGACACGAUUCCGAAUUGGCCUACCGAAAGUACAAACAGGCGGGAGGCGUCGGUAUCCGUCCGCCCGGGUCUUGGGCCCCCGACGAACUCGGUACCCAAAGUUUUUCCCUCAGUUUGAACGGCGAAAGCUCGAACGAGGGAAGAGGAUCCCCAUCCUAUUUCUCGAUGGACGAUUCCUUCCAAAGCGCCAGUGACCUAGCGAUGGACUUGACUUCGUCCGCUUCCGGUCCUCCCACCGGAAACUCAACGAUCACGACUCCCCUCAGCCACUUGGGGGAGCAACUGACACCGGCCGAAUUGGCGUAUCUCGCACCUGCCAGCGGUGACUGUCCUUGUCAAUUGGGCAGGGAUCAUCAUCAUUGCGGCCUGGAUCGUUGCGGUGCGACACUGCGCGACCCAAGGGAAGUCAGGGAACAUCUUCGGGAGCACGAGACGCAGGAGAGGAUAACGGACGCCUAUUUCGAGGAGGGUGGUUGCGAGGAGGGUUGUCCCUACAUGGACAGAGAAAAGCACUAUCAUUGCACGUGGGAGAAUUGCCGAGAGGUGAUCCUCGCGACUGAUAAACCUUUCAGGAGAUUGCAGCACUAUAAAAUACACGAGUACAGCAGACAGUUGAACCUCUCGUCCUCGUCGCAUCCUCUAUCUUCCGAAGUCACCCUUACACACCUCACGAAUAUCGACGCGAUGUUCAGGCGGAAAAGAGGCAGACCGCCGAAGAAUCGCGUCAUAGAGAUAUGGUCGGGUGGCGAUCCGGCUACUCCCACUCACGAUUCUCCUCAGGCGAUAUUCACGAGUUUCAAAUUGCCGAAACCCACGUUAACAUCCACCCCAAAUGCUACCUCCGACGAACGCGAAGGUAGCAUAUCACCUACGAAUAGCGUUGGCGAACCCGAAGGAUUUUCUACCUACAAUCCCGAAUGUUGUCCAGAUCCCGUGUGCGCUUUGAGAUCGACCAGACAUCAUCACUGCUCUCAACCGCGGUGCCAUUUCUCGACGGAUCGACCCGAUCAGCUGCUCAUGCAUAGCAAAGAUUUCCACGAUAACGUUGAUAUACUACCGGGAUUUUCGUUCUUCGAUAAAAUGGUCGACUGCAAACUCAACGGAUGUCACAGCAACAGGGUGAAUCGUCAUUUUCACUGCACGAGGCCGAACUGCGGCUAUUCUUUUGUAAGAUACUCGACUAUGUCUCUGCACGAGAAACAGCACACGGGACAGGGGAACGGGGGACCUAAUGAACCUGAGAUAAGCGAAUUUUUACCGGAAACGAAACCCAGAAUUCAGGUGAAGAAUCAUGCUGAUCUCAUUGAGAAACCGGAGGAAAAUUUCAUCGACGAAGUAAGAACGACGGUUAUCGACGAAAAGGAGAGGGAAAUUCCAAGUCCUGAUUCCAGCAAGACUACCGUGGUGAGGGCGGCAGGCACCUAUUAUCCGGUCAGCGGACCGCCGAUCGAACCGGCACAUCCGGGCGCCAUGCUAUCCAUGCGAGCUUCCGUGCAUCAAGAUCCUCAAGCGAUUCCAUCGACCAGUUCAUCACCCCAUACUCUGUACGGUCCGGAGCAGAGCUGCAGCCGACCAUUUUGCAAGCUGAAGCGCAAAAAUCAUUAUCAUUGCAACGCCUGCAAUCAGGCAUUUUCUGAGCUUGACCGAUUGGUAGCACAUAUCGCGAAGCACUCGACUGGGGCAAUUUUAAGCCAACAGCAACACGAUAUGGGUACCGGCGUACCAAAUUCUCAGCUCCAAAGGGAGGCGAUACUGAAUCAGCAACAACACGAUUACCUUACGCAAUUGUCACAGAAACAUGAUUUCAUGGCGCAGAAUGCUCAGAUAGCACAAAACGUACAGAAUUUCCAAGAUAUACAACGAAAAAUACAACAAAAGCUCGUGAUUGAGCAGCAACAGCAACAGCAACAGCAACAGCAACAACAACAGCAACAACAACAACAACAACAGCAGCAACAACAACAGCAACAGCAGCAGCAACAAAAACAACAGCAAUCGGGAAAGGAAUGCAGCGUGUCGAAGUCUGGAGAUGGUAGUAACGUGAAUCAGAGAAUAGAAUCUUUCGUGUCGAUGAGCGGGACAAACGUAAAACGUGAACCAACGGAAAACAACCGAGAAGAAGAGAUAAUACACGCUGGAGAUCAGAACGGGCAAUCUCAGUCGCAAAUUAUGAACCAGGCGCAAUCCCUCCAGCAGGCAAUACCCCCAGGUUUCGAGAUCGACCUUAGUCACGGAUUUCACUUUCCUAGUCCGGCCGUGAUGGCCGCCAUGAACCAACAGUUCGCCCUCAUGAAUCAAGCCCUUCCUCCCUUCCUUCAGCACGGUGGUAUGUACGCCGGUACACCCGGACUGAUGUUCGCGCCUGGUUUACCCCCCGGUAAUUUCUUACCCCCUUCAAGAGACGAAAAUCCUUUGGCCUCGUUAGCUGCCAAUCUCAACCUUGGAAUAAAAAGGUCCCUCUCUCCACCGGACAGCAAUUCCCCCGAAGCCAAGAAGCAGAGGCUACACCAUUCGAUGAGGAUGUUGAAGGAUGAACCUGUGCCAGAAGGAUACGUUAGAUUCAGGUUUAAUGAAGACUGUCGUUACCCACACUGUGGGUAUCGUGAACACCAGACCCACUUCCACUGUAUGCGGCAAGACUGCGGUUACUCGUUUUGCGACAAAACUCGUUUCGUCCAACACACCGCGCGGCACGAGCGUCUCGAUACUUUGAUGGGUGGUGAUUUUCAACAAUAUCGUGCGAACGUACCCUGCGGUAGACCCCAGUGUGCGUACACCUCGUCGUUGGGAUCGAUGCAGAAUAAGGCUUCUCACUUUCAUUGUUUGAAGUGCGAUUUCGUUUGCACCGAUACCAACAAAGUCGUCGCCCACAGAAGACAACACGCGAAACUUGACAGCAUAGCAGCUGCGGGUUUCCAAAAAUUCACCCCAAGUCAACCUUGCGGAGCUGUUCAGUGUCAGCACUCAGGGAAACAGACACAUUAUCAUUGCUUGCAGUGCCAGUACGCGGUAUUGGGACUCGCGCAGAUGUCUGCACACAAAUACCGGCACAUGGAUGACGGCGAAUGCCUGGACGAUGGGUGACUCGAGUCGUCAAGCUACGAUGUCACCUGGACAAACGUCGUCGCACUCGGUGUCUGAUGAAGAAUCUGAGAAAAAAUGGUGAGGUAUAAAAUAUAUCUUAGAAAGAAAAAAAAAUACAUUACGGAGUAAACUGACGACGUAUAUCGAUGCGAUUUAUAAUUAUACAAAAUACGAGUGAGGAAACCGAUCAUUAUUAUCAUUAUUAUUAUUUACCAAUAUUACAUUAUUAUUGUUAUAAUCCUUAUCAUCUUUAUUAUCACUAUCACUAUUAUUAUUAUUAUUAUUAUUAUUACUAUUAUUAUUAUUAUUAUCACUACGCGAUCUUCUGAACGAGGUUUUAAGACAAUAAGAUAUAAUUAUAGCUUUAGCAAGCAAAAGACAGAUUUAAUAUUUAAUAGGUAUAACUGUGGAGAUUUACAUGGAACGUGUCGUACUAUAUAUACGGUUUAGAAUCUAGUGCAUAGUUAGUAAAAUAUUGAAUAAAUACUUAGAGUUAUAUAGAAGAAAGGUAACGUUGAAUCGAACAACUCGAUCUAAAUGAAAUUGAUCAUUUGAAAUAUAAUUCAUCACUGUAAUAAUGUGAGACGUCGUGAAAGUUGUCAAGUGUUGAGAAAAAAGAAGUCCCGGGGCCGACAAGAAGGUCCGAGGUGAUGGAUAAAAAGUCGAUCCGACUUUAUAAAAGACAAGGAAAUAAAAGACAGUCGUAUUUAUUUUAAUUCGUAGAGAAUACGAAAUAUAUCAUAAUUUAAUGGUAUGUACGUAUGUAUGUAUAUAUGCAAAAAGUUAUAUAUGCAUGUAUAUGUACAUGCCAAAUACUGACUUAUGAUCAUAUUAUUAUCGUACUAGAAUUUAUUUCAUGGAUUUGGAAAAUCCACGAGAUAUUAUUAUAUAUUGUAUUACAAACAGUAUUCAGAAAUAUCAAUAAAGACUGCCACACGAAAUGAAUAUGAAUAUGAAUAUAACGAUGGAGAAAUACAAAAUAGGGUUCGGGCAAAAUGGGAAAUUUUCUUUUUAAUUUUUUGAUACAGUAUAUUAUAACGCGAAGGUAUACUCUAAAUUCAAAAGAAAUAAUGGGAAAUAAUUAAUUAAUGGAAUAAAUAAAUGAACAAAUAAAGUUCGAAUGAAUCAGAAAUAAAAUUUUCUAAUAUAUUAUUAGAUCUUCGGAUAUAUACAUUAUAUUAUAUGUAUAUGUGUAUGUAGUAAGUUUCUUGCGUUGUUUCAAUAGGAUCAUGCUCAAGCGAAACAAUAUUCUGUACAUUCUAGUAUGUAGUCUACGUUUUUCUGAAAAUCGCAUGUUGUAUGUAUGGAUACCACAGAAUUAUUAUCGCAGUUUGGAGAUCACGAUGAUUUUUUUUUCCUUUUUUUUCACAUACCGUUUUCGCGAUGAAUGGGGUGCGCGGUGUAUUUAAAUUUUCUUUUGUUUUAUCUUUUCGUUUUGAGUUUUUGUUCUAUUGUUUGUUCGUUUCGUUUUGUUUUUUAUUUUUUUCUUUUUGUUUUUUUCUCCAAUCCAACUUUGAAAACGGUCGGCUAUGUAUUUAUAUUUGAAGAAAGAAUUGAUGAGAAAAAAAAAUGAAAUUAAAAAGAAGAAAUGAAAAUUAUGAAAAGACACACGUGUAAUACACAUAUUUUUUAGAAAUCUAACAGACAAACUUUUAUGUAUACAAUUAUUGCGUACAUAUGUUAUAACCUUAAUUCUGACUCACUUUAGGGUGCCUUUAGGGUGGUAAAAUAGUUAGAACCGUGCCUUAGCACUGCAACAUACAUACAGAAAUAAGUAACGAAAUUCUGGCAACUUGAGACAAAUAAACUGAGAUUAGUGCCUUACAUGUGAAAAAAAACCAAAAAAAAAAAAAUAUAAAAAUAAAAUAAUACAAAGAAGAGAACGAAAAAUGAAAAACUGAGUGCAAGAAGAAGGAAAUGCAGAAUACUAAACCGCAAAUUUUAUUUCAUCUUCUCUCAACUAGUGGAAGAUCACAUGAAUUAUGCUUCGAAUCAUCCAUUGCUCCUCCGUUUUUUCAUAUAUACAAUUAUACAUAAUACAUCUGUUAUCAGAAUAAAUUGAUCUCUACGAAAAA